UUAUCCAUUUUCUUAUUCUGUACUCGCUCAUGGUCCUGGGGGAUCAGCUCAAGUUCUGUCAAUCAGCUGACAUUGUUUCAGGAGUCAGAACUAUUAGUGCAGAGCCAAGCAGAUACUGCUUUCAAUGGCACUCACAAACAACUUUUAAACUACUGAAUUUUCAAUAUGUUUUUAUUUUUGUAAAUAGUAUUUGUGUGUGCACAUUCCCUGUAAAAGCUGAAUCUAUCAGAAAUGCAAGGCAGGAAUUCAGUGUAAGGCAGAAACUGUCCCCUCAGCUGCAGGGACAGGGAAUCAUGGUGAGGAGGGAGGGGUGUAACCAGGAAGUGAAAGCAUGAGACAGUACAGCUGAGCACUGGCUGGAAGAAUUUACCAGGGGAGGAGGAACUAUGGACACUGCAGGGAAAAUUCUAUUCUAUUCUGCUCUAUUGGAUUGCAUGUGGACUUUCGGACAGUGCAUUGGGCAGUAAGCUACAACAACUGCAGCAAAGGUCACAAGUCGAUUAUAAAAUGCAAAGCUGCUGUAGCCUGGGAGAUAGGAAAACCCCUUUCAAUUGAAGAAAUAGAGGUCGAAGCACCAAAAGCCAAUGAAGUUCGAAUCAAGAUGGUUGCAACAGGAAUCUGUCGCACCGAUGACCAUGUUUUGAAAGGGGCUUUAAAAGGUAUUGAUUUUCCAGUCAUUCUGGGCCAUGAAGGAGCAGGGAUAAUUGAAAGCAUUGGAGAUGGUGUGACAGGACUAAAACCAGGUGACAAAGUUAUUCCACUUUGCAUCCCACAGUGUGGAAAAUGCAGUUCUUGCCUUAAUCCAAAUACAAACUGCUGCCUUAAAACUCAUCUCAGUGAGUCACAAAAUGUAAUGCCUGACAAGACAUCUAGAUUUUUGUGCAAAGGCAAAGCCGCUUAUCACUUUUUAUGGACAAGCACCUUUUCUGAAUAUACUGUGGUUCCAGUAGAUUCAGUUGCAAAAAUUGAUAACAGAGCACCUAUGGAUAAAGCCUGCCUUUUUGGAUGUGGGUUUUCAACAGGAUAUGGAGCUGUCAUCAAUACUGCUAAGGUGGAGCCUGGUUCUACUUGUGCUGUGUUUGGGUUAGGUGGAAUUGGUCUUUCAACUGUAAUAGGUUGCAAAUCUGCAGGAGCUGAAAGAAUUAUAGCCAUUGAUAUAAACAGUGGUAAAUUUCAUAUCGCCAAGGAUUUUGGGGCAACAGAAUGUAUCAAUCCUCUGAAUUAUUCCAAGCCCAUCCAGGAGGUGAUCACUGAAAUGACAAAUGGAGGUGUACAUUAUUCCUUUGAAUGUAUUGGAAACACAGAUACAAUGAAAGCAGCACUGGAAUGCUGUCACAUAGGAUAUGGAACCAGUGUGAUUAUUGGAGAGGCUCCAUCAGCGGCACAAAUCUCUUUUGAUCCAAUAUUGCUGUUUACAGGACGUACAUGGAAGGGGAGCAUAUUUGGAGGUUGGAAAAGCAAGGAAAGUGUCCCUCGUCUGGUUGAUGAAUUCAUGGCAAAUAAAUUUAAUCUUGAUGGAUUGGUGAGCCACACUUUGCCCUUUCAUCAGAUAAAUAAAGGGUUUGAGCUUUUGCGUUCAGGAAACAGCAUCCGCACUAUCCUGAUGUUCUGAUUGGCUGAACUGGAAGCUUUCGUGUAGCUGAUACAUUCAUUUUAUUUACAGCACUUGAAAAUGGUGUUAAAGGAGUAGGAACGUUAUAACCACUGGGGUUUAUAAAUGUUAGACACCCCCAGUGAUUAUAAUCAAUUGCCAUGGCUGAUGCUCCUUGUAGCAGAAAAUGGCCCCCACCCGGAGUAUUUCUGUAUGAACACAUUGCAGUGAUCUUCUCUCACAUCUUCUUUUUUCACUCUGGGUGCGUGUGAGCAGUAGAGUAAACAGGCAAAAAAAAAAGGUGGCUGUUUCACUCAAGCGUUCAUGCGUCUGCCUCUGGCAACAGAAGAAAGAAAAAGAGGAAGAAGAUUGCUCUGUGGUGCUUACACAGAAUCCCAGGCCAGUGCAGUUUUCUACUAAUUGGAUCACCAACCUGGGGUACCAGGUUAGUGAUUAUAAGCACUGGAAGGUGCCUAACAUUUGGCACUCCCAGUUAUUUUAACUUUCUCCUUUAAUCAAUGUUCCAACUAACUGGACAACCAGCAGCCCUGAUUCUUGGGGUAAUAACUGCUAUGUUUACAUUUUUGUGAAAUAAAUCUUUAACUGGAUCAACAAA